AUGCUAAAAAUAGCUAGAAUUACAUAUGGUAGCAAUGAAGGGAUUAUUAAAAAAAUACUAGUCUGGUUAAAUGAUUUAAAUUAGUCUAGCUACACAUAUUGCUCUUAUAGAGAGUUUAUGUUUAAUGAAUGCCCUAAAAAUGUUUAUAGUUAAAUAAAUGAGAGCCCAUUCUAUGUAUAACUUUAUUUUGUGAGGUCACUAUUUAAAUUUGAACUUUUAACACCUGAAUAACAAUAUUUUAUCAAAAUGAAUGAAGACCUUUCUUUUUAUAGUGGAGCAGCAUUUUUGGCCUCAUAAUCAGAUGGCAUAAUUUAAAUUAGUAAUAUUUAUAAUUCAGAUACAACUUCUCUAUAGGUAGUAUCUCCAUCUGUAUGGUAUAAUUACACAUAAGCUAGUUAUCAAACAUGUAACGGAGAUUAAUUUAUUGAACCAUACGAUGCAAGAUGUAGAUUUUGGUUUUAAUAUGCAAAAUAAUAUCCAGGUAUCUUCAUUUUUUAGCCUUAUAAUGAUGCACUAACAGGAACCUUAGAGCUAAGCCUUUCUUCUUAAGUUUUAAAAGAUUCUAAAUUUUACUCAGUUCAUACAAUUAAUUUUGUUAUGUAAAAUUUAGUGUAAAUAUUUAAUGCUUACUUAAGUUAAAAUUCGUAUUCAGUACUAUUUCAUGAAUUUAAUACAACAGUUUUAUAUCACCCAUCGCUUGUUUUCUAUUAAAAAAUGACAUGGGUAGAUGUUGAGUAUCUCAAUAUAAAUUAAUUUUGUAGUGAUAAAUAAGAGCUACUUGAAUAUUGCUAUAACUAAAAGGAACAGCUCUCAAAUUAAAUAAACAAAACAGUUCAAUUUAUAAAAACAGGAAAUUAUUCGAUAGAAAACUAAUUUAAUUUAGAAUAACUUUAUCAGUAUUGGGAAAGAUUUGGACAGAAAUAAAUAAGCAUUAUUUUUCCUAUUUAGUGCAAGUUUAAAGGGCUAAAUAACUAAUACCCAUACUCACAUUCAAUAAUAAUGAUAGCUCGAGUGAUAACUGACGAAAGUGAUAAUUUGAAGCUAUUUAAUCUUUUAAACACUAACAUAAUAAGAAUAUAUUUGAUAAUUGAAUUUGCUCUUAUAAGCUCUUUAAUACUUUUUUUUAUUAUUAAUUAUGGAUAUUUUUUGGUUUAUCAAAUUUCUAAUCCUAUUGAAUUGUUAACUUUAUUUUUAAGAAAGAGCUAUCAGUAGUAAUAAACAAGCUAAACUAAAGUGAAAAAAAAUAAAAAGAAAUCAUGGUAAUAUUUAAAAAAAAAAAAAUCUUAGAAAAAUCUUAAAUCCUAAAAUAGCACUAAUAAUAAAAAAAAUAAUAGUAGCAGCAGAUAAAAUUUAUUUUAAAUAUUUAUUCAAAAUGAAUACAGUAAUCAAACAUAAAACCAAAAAUAUAUAGAAUAAAGUAAUAUUUAAUGGUUUAAAGAAGAGAAUUCUCAUGAAUAUUCUUAAAAUUAUAAUUUUUCAAAUUAACAAAACAAAUUAGUUAAAUAUUCUAUCAAUCAAAUCAAAAGUUAGAACACUAUUUUAUAAUUAAAAUAAACUAGUAAUUCAAAAUAAGACUUUUAAAUGUAGAAAGAUAAUUCUAUAAAAAAAAUUCCUUAAAGCAGCGAAAAAAUAUAUGAUAGUUGUUACCAAUCAGAUUUAAAUUAAAAAAACACUGAAUCUUUUGAGCAAAGCUACUCAGUUAAUAAGAACAAUUGUUCAUUAAACACAAUUUAUUUCAAACAAAAAAUUUAAAGGAAAAAAAAUUCUAAAUUAGAAGAUGAGCUUUAUUACAAAAAAAAAUAAGAACGCAAAAAUAUUUUUUUAUAAGAGCUAAAGCCACUAUUUUUAGAAAUGAAAAUUAUAAAAAAUGUUUUUAAAGAUCUUGAAAGUCUCAUUAACUAUUCUAUAGAUGCUUAGAACCAAAACUCCUAAAAUUAUACUAAAAGUCUUAUUCAUUUUAGUAUGGCAAAAUCUACGUUUUAGUAACUUAAAAAUUAAACUGGAUUAGGUAGAUGCUACUACAAUUUAGGUAUUGUAUCUCUUUUAAACUGUGAUUACAAUUUAGCUGAAGAAUAUUUUGAAUCUGCUAUUUUGCUUAGCUUUGAGGCAUUAGGAACUGAUUAUUAAAAUAUAAUUAAUUAAAAAAUCAUUAAAUAGAGCGAAGAGAAUACCGAAAAUACAAUUUUGAUUAUAUCAAAAAGAAUAUUCUCAAAAGCUUAUUGUUUGAAAUAGUAAGCUUUAUAAAAUUAUUAUAAAUAUGAAAAUUUAAAUAUUGAAAAUAAUAAUAAUAAAUUCUGCAUAAAAAAACGAAGAGAUAUUUUAUAAGCAGUGCAAUAAAACUUUUCUCGUGAAUAAAUUUAGUUAUUAAGAUAAUCCUUAGAAACAUUUUAGAUUGUUUUAAAUUUUGUUGAAAAUAAUUAAUAUAGUUAUUCAGAGAUAUUUUAAAUAUUUUUAUAUUAAGAAAUAAUAGAAGUAUUAAUAUUUUUAAAUUUCAACGAUAACAAUAAUUAUAAAAUUAAUAAAUACAUAAAAGCAGUUCAUUUGAUUUUAAGUAACUCAAAAUAAUUAAAUUAAACCAUUGGUGAAGUAUAGUAAAAAGCUUCUAUUGAUCAAAAAAAAUGCUUUAAAUAAAGCAUAAUGAAUGAAAUUAACUUAGAUAUAAAUAAAUAAAUCAUUUAAAAUUAAAAAAGCAGAUAACUUUUCUUAUUUGGUCUUAAUGAGUAAUUUAAUAAUAACUAUCUUCAAUCAAUUUAGUUAUUUACUUAAAGUAUAGAAGAAGGGACUCACUACAAUCCCAUUUUAAGAAAAAAAGCUACUUUUCAUUUAAGCUAACUUUUUAAUGUAGUUAGUGAGAUUCCUUUUAAAGAUAUUUUAGAUUAUGAUGAUUAAACCUAUCUUUUUAAAUAAUAAAAAUCUUCUCUUGAUUUAAUAGUUCUACUUUAACUUGAUUAUUAUAAAUAACAUUCAACUGUUGAAUUUUGUCUAAAGACAAUUUAAGAAUCUAAUCUAUUAAAUGGCUAUGAUAGAAUCUAAAUUUUAAUCUAUGAUUCGAAUGUAACUACUUUUAUGCCAUUUACUCACAUCAAAAACAAUAAUCACUGGAGUUUAAUAAUUGGCUCUUUAAAAGCUUUAGAAAGAAUAGCACUUUACGAUGAAAUAUCAUAAAAAUAGCAAUUGACAUGGUAAGAAGCUCUUUUUUAAUCUAUAAAUCUUAUUUAUGAAAUCAAUCAAUCUGAUUUAAUUUCUCUCAAAUAAAAUUUCUAAUUAGAUUAAACAAAUUAGAAAAAUCAUAUUAAAAACUCCAAAUUUAUUCUUAAUAAUCAAAAUAUUUUUAAAAGAAUAUUAAUAAAUAAUUCGAAUAAAGUAAUUUUACUUUUCUCAAAAGAUUAACAAACAGAUUAAUCAAAUAAAUUUAAUUAUUAAUUAAAAUUAUAGUAAAAGUAAAUCAAAUACAACAAACCUAUUAUAUACCAUUUAAAAGAGUAUCCUUUGAUACAAAGUAACAUAUCUAAUUUCAAUUCUUAAGACAUAAUUUAUGAAUCAUUUUAUGAUGAAAACUAACUGAUAUCUAAUUUAAUAAAAUUUAAAAAUGAAGAAAAUUUAAAUGAUGAAUCAGAGUUUUUAGCUAUUCUUAAUAAUACUUGA